AGACUCAGUCUGGAUUCCACACUCCACCUCGGAGCGGGUUUUCGGCGCUUAAAGCUCUUAAGACGUUAACGCGACUUUAAUAUAUACAUUCACCACUGACGUGCAUAGUCAUCUUUCCUCGGAAAAGUCUGCGGCGUAACAACUGCUCCCGAAAUUGUAAAUUCACAAUGCGGCACCCAGCUCGAUUGAUUCCGUUCGGUUUCGUCAUCCUGCUUCUCGUGCUGCUUCAGCUUCCACUGCCACUUCCAUCGGCAUUCGGCCACACACUGGAGCACAGCUGCCAGACGCCCGACAAGACUGAAGGACGAUGUGUGCACUUCAGCGCCUGCCGCCUCGUCCUGCGGCACUAUGCGAUGUACAAGGAGCACAUGCCGCCGGUGAUAAUGCGAUUUUUGCAACGGGCCCGCUGCAAGCCGAAGAACCAAGGCUAUCAUUUGUGCUGCGAACUCAAAGAUGUGAUUCCUGCGAACGCCAACUCCAAGCUAAAGUAAAUCAACUUCAAAGUGCAAAGUGCGUCAUGUGUUUGGUGUGUGUGUGGGCUUUGAUCUGGCAAAUCAGUUGGAAGCUUUUUGUUUGGGCCUACAACCAACAUGUUAUGGCCGGGCAUGGCAUCGCCUGUAAUUAUAAUGUGUACACGAAUUACGUAUUAAGUGCGUCUUCCCGUCUCGCCGGGCAACAGAUGCUGAGACAUAAUAAAAAAUAAAAAGUUUAGCCUCAA